UCAAUUUUUUGAGAGACUGUUCGUUUUCACUCACACAAAGUACACAUCUGAUUGGGCCACCAAAUGCCGAAUGGCACUAACGCAUGGCCCAGUGCCAAAAUCAGCUUCUCGGGACUGCCACCGAUGGUGGUGCAGAGCGAAAAGAGAGCCACCAUACAGUCGCAGCCCAGCCAGGUGCGAAGCUCAGCAUCCGAAGGAGACGGGCUGAAUCUGACCGAUCUGAUCUACAGACUCAAGAAUUUCCGUAAAAAUAAGCAGGGACGCGUCAAUAUGCUCGAGGAUGAGCUCUACAAGCUAACCAGCAUGGCACGCGAGAUGUUCCUGGACCAGCCAAUGCUCCUGACUGUCGAUGCACCGGUGCGUAUUGUGGGCGACAUUCACGGACAAUUUGUGGACCUGCUGCGCAUCUUCGAUCACAUCGGCUAUCCGCCUGGGGUCAACUAUCUGUUUCUCGGGGACUAUGUGGACCGGGGCCAGAACUCGAUCGAGACGAUCACCCUGCUGCUGGCACUGCGGGUCAAGUAUCCCGAGAAUGUGUUCCUGCUGCGCGGCAACCACGAGUCGCCAGCGGUGAAUCGCGUGUACGGCUUCUUCGACGAGUGCAAGCGACGCUUUACGGUCAAGCUGUGGAAGAGCUUCGUCGACUGCUACAACUGCAUGCCCGUUGCGGCUAUUAUCGCCAAGCGAAUCUUCUGCUGCCACGGCGGCCUGAGCCCACAGCUAAAGGACCUGAGCAACAUCAAGGCCAUACCACGGCCCUGCGAUGUGCCCGACCAGGGUCUGCUCUGCGAUCUGCUGUGGAGCGACCCGGAUCGGUACGGCUUCGGCUGGUCGCCGAGUGAUCGGGGUGUGAGCUAUCUCUUUGGCCGGGAUGUGCUCGAGAAGUUCCUGCAGAAGUACGACUUCGAUCUGAUCUGUCGAGCCCAUCAGGUGGUCGAGGAUGGCUAUGAGUUUUUCGCAAAGCGCCAGCUGGUCACCGUCUUCUCGGCGCCCAACUACUGUGGCCAGUACGACAAUGCGGGUGCCUCGAUGGGGGUGGACAAGGAUCUGAUGAUCUCGUUCGAUGUGCAGCGGCCCGGUUCGGGUCGCAAGGUUCAAAUAAAGACUGUGAUUGCCUCGGCCAUCAGGUGACUUUGUCUC